GUGUUUUGGGUUGAAGUAUCCCGCUUUCGCCCGUGUGUUUCCUAAUGCCGUCAGACGUGGGAAAAGUGGGCUACAUGUGAUCUCCGGUUCGGACAAACUGUACAUGUGUAAACCGGUUCGGACAAACUGUUAUUUGAUGAAAAAUAUUGCCCCGUUUAAGCUAACUUUAUUUUUAAAACUGCAAGCUAUCGGCAAGCUAGCUACCUAGCUCCUAUGCUGUUUGCGGGAUCUACAUGAGUUUGUGGGCUGACAGCAACGCCUGUGUGUUGAACAGAGAUAAGAACUGGGACAUACAUGUGGCAUUAGCAAGCACAGAUAGAGUUCAGCGCCACGCCCAGCAUGGGUUCUCUCUGACAUCAAACAGGCUAUUCCUGGGGAGGGUAGGGGGCCAAACUGCGUCGCGCAGGUAGACACAUCCCACGUGCAUUUUCGUCUUGAUCAACACGGAGCAGGCACGUGUUGGCGUGUGAUCCAAGGAGUUGGAGACUGAGUGCUUUCUGAGAACCGGCCAUGUCUGCCGAGGAUAAGGCUGAGGCAUCCUCAUCUGCAUCGCCGCCGCCAUCCUCGUAUUUCAUAGGGAAGAAGGACGAGAUUAUCGAGGCUGGCCGCGUGACAAAGCUCGUUAAUAACAGGGAGGUUCUGGUGCUCCACCAUGACGGGGUGUUCCACGCCAUGGACAUGCGCUGUUACCUGCCCUUCAUCCAUUUGAAAUACUUAACAAGGGGGAGAUGCCAUACCUUCAACGCCUUCCUGGAUUCUGGAGGCAUUUUAUUCUAUGGAGACAUAGAGGAAUUUAACGGCAGGCUGUGCAUCGUCUGCCCCUGGCACAAAUACAAGAUCACGCUUGCAGAAGGGGAAGGCUUGUACCAGUCCGUGGACCCAAAGGAGAAGCCACCCAAACCCAGGUGGCGCUCCAAAGGGGUGAAGCAGAGGAUCCACAGGGCCAUCGAGGUGGAUGACGACAUCUUCGUCGAAUUCAACGACACUCCGGGCCCCAUCGAGUCUGACGUCUACCAGACCGAGAGUUUCAGAGCCAGAGCCAGGGCCAAGCUUGAAAAACCGCCGGUAAACACGACAAAGAAGUGACCGAAGAAGUCACAGGCAAAACGGCAUUACCGGAGAGUUCAGUGCCUUCAAGGGAAACAUUAGGGAGCGUUUAAGACUAGGUCUGACCACUUACCUUGGACUGAAAAAAUCAGUGGAAAAUACUAAGUUCAUUGCAGGGUUUGCUUUCUGGCUGCCUCAGUUUGGGCAAUCUUGUUAAGCCGAUAAACACUCAAUAUACUUGAUCCUGAUUGGCCAAGACCUGCAGCAUGUGGAAACCUAAGACCCCACUGCUUGAGUGUUGAGGCCCUUGUUGAAGUAUCUGCACAUUUAUAGACAUUAAAAUGUUACAAAUUUUUAGGUGUGUUCGGAUUGCGACAAGGAGACAUGUUAGCUUUGUUUGCUUAUCAACUUCUUGCUCAGUUGUUGAAGGUUUUUUUUUAAAUACAUCAAUAUUUUCUCUUGUGUUCUCAGGUACUUGUUCUUGUGGAUACAUACAUUUUUUUAAAUGGUGCUUUUUUGAGACCAAUUCCUUCUCUGUUUCAUUUUCAAAUGCCAAAUAUUUCUAUUGGUUUUGUAUUUUAAAAUCAUUAUUGAUCUUUAUUUUUUACAUUUUUUGUGCAUUUUCUGAUACUCUGCUAAGACUGCACAGAUUAGAACAACUAGUAUCACUUUUGCUGAGUAAAAUCCUUGGCUGGGUUCUUGAA